AUGGAACCCGAAGAAAUGAGAACACCAAUAUCAAGAUCCUCUCACCCCACCUCGCAAGUACAAGAUAUCGAGAUGUAUGAACAUUCCCCAACCCGAAGCGAAGAGGGAGUUGCUCCACCGCAUGCUGUAAACAUCACACCGCGUUGGAACGAAUCGAAGACUACAAUAUGGAAGGUGACCGCUACAUGUUGGUGCAUGCUCGUAAUGGGAGCUAAUGAUGCAUCAUACGGAGCGAUAAUACCAUAUCUUGAACUAUAUUACCGAAAAAGCUACACGGUUAUCUCACUAGUAUUCCUCGCUCCCUUUGCAGGGUACAUAAUAUCUGCCAUCCUCAGUAAUUUGAUCCAUCUUCAGCUCGGCCGGAAAGGUGUCGCCAUUAUUGGUCCCGGAUGCCAUUUACUUGCCUUCGCAAUCAUCUCCAUCCAUCCCCCAUUCCCGGUUCUUGUGAUGAUGUACUUGGUUAUCGGAUUUGCAAGUGGUAUUCAAAAUGCAGCAUGGAAUGUAUGGGUCGAAAACAUGGCAAAUCCUCAUGAGGUUCUUGGAGUCCUUCCCGGAUUCUACGGCGUGGGAGCUACAUGCAGUCCUCUCAUCGCUACAACCGUGAUUACUAAAGCUGGAUGGGAAUGGUUCUCUUUUUAUUAUCUGAUGGUCGGUGCGGCCGCCAUGGCACUUUUCUAUACUGUAGGUGCUUUUUGGAGCGAAACAGGCUCAAAGUACAAGCAAGAAAACCCCAAUCUUCCCAACAGGAGCGCACUCUCUCAAACACGCCAUGCCUUAACUUACAGUGUAACAUGGACGAGCGCCAUGUUUCUCUUUCUCUACGGCGGCAUUGAAGUGGGUAUAGGGGGAUGGAUAGUCGUCUUCAUGACGUACGUCCGCAAUGGUAGCGCAUUUGCGCCUGGAAUGACGGAAACGGGCUUCUCGCUCGGCAUCACAUUGGGCAGGCUCGUUCCUUAUUUUAUUCUUUCUGCCUUUGCUGUAUCCUUGAUCGGGUUUUUCACGGGGACAAUCUUCCCAGGAGUUGUGGUGGUGACGACUCGCCUAUUGCCCAAAAAUGUUCACGUUGCUGCUAUCAGUUUUACUACUGCUCUGUCGAUGGGUGGGGGGUCUGUUUUCCCAUUCAUGAUUGGUGCUAUCUCGCAGGCAAAGGGAGUCAACAUUCUACAACCUAUUAUCCUGGCAAUGCUCAGCGCGGCGCUACUAAUCUGGUUAGGGCUGCUACGUUUUUCAAAGUAG